UGUCUUUUCAGGGUGGUGAACAGUGGUGCGAAGUCUUCUCGGUGAGCACUUUGGAGGUGGCAUGUCCCACAAUAUACAUGGGAGAGCUUGUAAAUCCGUGUGAGGUCCCUUUUGUUUUGCUAACGGAGCCUUGUAGAAGUCUCUUUGAAAACCUGGGAUCAGUUUCAGAGAGGGGACGGUAUUCUGGUUUAAUCGCGGGAGGACGUAAAUGGAUAUUUAAAAUAAAAUUACCCAAGAAAACAGCCAGACGAUACCCAGCAUAUGAGCUCUAUCUCUAUGGAGAAGGGAACUAUGCUGAAGAAAACAAAAAUCUCCUAUUGACAGGAAUUCCAGUUCUCUUUCUUCCUGGGAAUGCUGGCAGUUACAAACAAGUACGUUCCCUUGGCUCCAUUGCACUUAGAAAAGCAGAAGAUGUUGACUUCAAAUAUCAUUUUAAUUUCUUCAGUGUCAACUUUAAUGAGGAGUUGGUUGCAUUGUAUGGUGGUAGCCUGCAACGACAGACCAAGUUUGUGCAUGAAUGCAUAAAAGUAAUUCUUAAGUUGUACAGGGAUCAAGAAUUUGCACCCAGCAGUGUUGCAAUAGUUGGGCAUUCCAUGGGUGGUCUUGUUGCAAGAGCGUUGCUCACUCUGAAGAAUUUUAAGCCUGAACUUAUAAACCUGCUCAUUACACAAGCCACACCUCACAUUGCACCUGUAAUGCCUCUAGACAAAUAUCUUACCGAUUUUUAUACAGCUGUAAACAAUCAUUGGAUUCUAAAGGCCCAAGAUUUAAGAAAUUUAACUACCCUUUCUGUGGCGGGAGGAUUCAGAGAUUACCAAGUUCGUUCAGGACUGGCUUUUCUACCGAGAUUGAGUCAACAUGACAGUGCCUUAUCUGUUGUGAGCUCAGCUGUGCCUAGAGCUUGGGCCUCAACUGACCAUCUCUCCAUAGUGUGGUGCAAAGAACUGAUCCUGGCUACCAUUAGAGCUUUUUUUGAUCUCAUAGAUGAAAACACAAGGCAGAUAACUGAGGAUCCAAAGAAGAGAAUGUCUGUACUGAAUCACCACUUUGUGAGACACCCUGCAAAGAUGUUUGAGGAAAAUCCUGAAGCUUUUACAGGACUCACAGGAGCUUUCAUGUGGAUUACAGUCAAAGUCUCAAAAUGGACUUAUUCAGUUUACAAUGAUUCUGAUGGAAAAUAUUUCACAUUUCCUCUUGCAAGCCACAGAAAAUCAUACAGUCAUGUUUACUGUGAAAAUAGUAUGUUGGACACAAAUAGCUGGAUUUAUGGCUGCAUGAACACUAAUUCAUCGAUGUGCCUGGAAGCUGCUGAUUUAUCCUGGAGAGCUGAGUUACUUCCAACCACCAAGGUUGUGAUGCUGAAACUUCAAGACUAUCCUUCUUUGUCCCACAUUGUGAUUCAGGUACCACCUGCAGUUGGCAAGAAGUAUACUUUGGGCUGUGAAUUCUUCGAAGAGGAUUCCAGAACAGUACAGCUCCCUGUAACACAUCUCAUGUCAUUUGGGCUUUCUUCAAGCAAAAUUCUAUUAAAUUCAACUGGAUUACUUUACAAUGUACAGCUCCAGCACUUCAACCAAAUAUAUCAAGCUUUCAAAAUUUAUAUAGAGAGCCACUGCCAGUCACUCAAAGAAAGAAAACCUAGUAUUUACAGACUUCAUAUCCCCUGGUCACAUGAAGACUCAAUAAUUGUAGCAAAAGUUCCAUCUCUUGCUGAGAUUUCUGCCAAACUGCACAUUGCUCAGCCUCACAAUGACAGCACCCUCCCAGAGUUAAACAUCUACUCUUCCCCAGACUGUCAGUAUGAAGUAAUUCUGAAGACAUCACUUCUACAGGUUCUUGGGCAAAUAGUAAGGUUCCAUGCUGGUGCUUUUCCAGUCUAUAUUGUUUCUAAUAUUCUUCUUACUUAUGGAGGACAACUGAGCACAUUGAGAUCAACAGGCCAGUGUUCAGACUUCUCCCUUGAACUAGUUAGGACAGCAAAGCCCUACAAAGUAGAACCUCUUAUAAGCAUUGUUGUGUUUCUGCAGGGGUUUAACUGGUUUAGAGAGAUAUGGGAAUCACUGUCACUACCAGAGGUGGAUGCUGCUGUUCUGAGUAGUCAGGAUGCAUGGUUCCCCCUUGUGUCCCUGAUUCUAUUUCUUUUUGGGACAGGCAUUGCCUACUGGAGUGGAGUAUUUUUCUCUACAUCUCUGAGACUCUUCUCUUCAUUAUGGUUAACUCUGAUUAGACCUACUGUACUUCAAAAAGAUAAGUUGAUUACACCCAGAAGACUCUGUGGGAUGAUAUCUCUUGCUUUGGUUAGCUGGACCACUUGUGGUGCAUUUGCUAUACUCAUUAUUUAUCUUCAAUACUUGUUCAAGGUUGCAAAACUGCACGUGGCUGUAAGAGCAGAGCAAAACAUGCACAAGAAGGAUUCAGGCCACUCAAAAGAAACUUCACAGAACUCCAGUACACACACAGUCAAAGCCCAGAGUUCAAUGGACAGCAUUCCAGAUGCAACACAGUCUCCUUCCAACAGUACAACAAUUGCUGAAGCUGUUAACAGUCUUAAGAUGCACAUUACAAUCCUCAAUUUAUUCACGUGGAUUGUGCUGCUCAGCUUGUCAUCUUUAAUUUAUUGGUUAAAAAAUCUCAGGUACAAUGUUAGACUUGAUCCUGAUCCAUGUAGAUCCACAGCUGUUAUCCUUGUAUGCAUUUUAGAAAUUCUAAUGAAUUCAAGUACUUCUGAAGUGAAAUCAAGUAAACUCUUGAAGAUUGCAGCCAAAGUUCCACUCCCUUUGUCUGUUGCAAUGCUGGCCUUUGGACGAAUGCAUUUAUACAGAGUCCCACACUUUGUAACCUUUUCUCUUCUUCUACAUGUGCUGUGCUGUAUUGUGUGAUGUUUAUUCUAUAUAGGACAUAUAUAGGACAAUGCACCCUAGAAACUUAACACUGGAGAUGGGAAAAAUUGCAACACAGAAAUGCCUAAUUUAAUAUGAUCAGUAGUUUACAUUAUGUGGGAAAGAGGACAGAACUGUGAAUAUUCACAAAAAAUUCAUGGUUUUAUUCACAUUGCUUAGAAAACUUUUUCUGGUGUUUAUUUCAUGUCUCUGAAAAUGGAGUGAUUUUACCGUGUAUAAGCACGUAACUCAUAUCAGUGCAACAUCUCAAUACUCUGCCUUGUAGACACUUUGGUAUUUCACUAUACUGCUGUGUUAAAACAGACCUUUUUUACUCACUGUGCCAUGCAGUGUCUGUGUUCUGAACUUGCAUCUCUUGCAGAUCUAAAAUAUGCUGGUUAAAACUCAAUACAUUUCAAGCACACUGUGACUAUCACAAAAACCACACAGCCAAGUAUACUUUUAAUUAUUUUAUGUUACAUUCAAAAGCUGCCACAUUUGUGUUUAGACAAACUAGAAUGUACUGCUUAUAUAGAACUGUUAUUUCUAUCAAAUCACUUGUUCAAUCAGUGUGAGUUGAACAUUUGUGAGAUUAAUGCAAGUCUUACACAUUUUACUUUUUGUGAGAGUGAGAAAACAACAGUAUUCUAUGUAGCUUUCUAUUCAGGAAGGAUACCAGCAGAUUCAUAAACAAUUUGCUGUAAUGUUGUUUUAAAACAUUGUCAGUUUUCUCUGGAAUUUUGAAAUUAAUCCUUGGACUUUGUCCAUAUAUAGAAGCUGGCAAAUGUUGAGCUAUGCUGUGAGUUAACAGUGCGGUUGCUGCAAUGGUUCUAAGUAGACAAGGCAGGCUUUUUCCUAUUGUAAACAGAGAAUCAACCAUCUCCUAAUAAAUGCCAAUACAUCAAAUGAAUAUGUUAUUCAAAUGGAAUAGUUACAACCCUGCAAACUCCUGUCCUGUACAGUGCUAACUUCUACAUGUGGGCAAACUCAGUAAGAGUGGGAAAUACUGACCAUAAAUAUUAGCUCUGUAUAAACUGUUAUCUUAGUGCCUAGAUGCUACAGUGACUGCCAUUUAUAAUAAAGCCUAAAAUAGCUCUGUGUAAGGAAUUCUGUCCCCUGGGCGUGUGUUUUGCCAACAGAAGAAAUCUCAGCAGUCCUUAGGCUUAAAUGAUGUAGAUUCUGUGUAGAGAUGAGCCUACUUGCUUCUGUGUUAGCUGUCUCUGCUGUGUCUGAGAUACCUGUUACCUUCAUAUGGAAAUGCUAAACCAGCUCAGUCAUCUUAUAGGAAUACCAAGAGGAAAUCUGCUGCUCACAGUCAAUCAAGUAUACUCUUGAUACAGUAGUACAGCCAGCCUGACCCAUUAAUUUCAUCGUAUCUUAAUAAUCUUGCCUAAAGUGCCUCAGUUAUUUCUAAUUGUUGUUAGGGUCAAUUCCUUUGAGCUGGCUGGAAAGACUCAGUUCACACAGUGACUUUCCAAAAUGAAGGACAAAUGUGAAGAAAGCCAUGUGUGUUUUGUUUGCUUAUAUCCAAGUCAGCAGUUCAAGUUAUUAGUAAGUCAUUAAAAGUGCUGUAACUGAGUAAGGGUAUUGUAGUUAGCCAAACCAUUGUCACUGUUAUCAGUAAUCUAUGUGCUGGUAUUCUAGUCUUAACCUUAAAAAAGGUUAGAUUAUACAUAGUGUUUGUAAAUCAGAAAAGUUAUUUGAAUAGGUUAAAUCUUGGUAUUUUCUAAUCAAAUGUAUGCUACAGUAUAUAUAUAUAUAGAAUAAUUAGCGUGAUUAAAUAUACUUGUAGCUAAAUGCACCAGUUGGUUUAACUAAACAUUGCUGUUCAAACAGAACAUAGAAGCCAAUAGAUAGAUAGAAGAAUAGAGUUGUUGUCCUUGCAAAUGGCUGUGAGUGAAAGAUGGUGGCAGAACUGCAUUAGGGCUGGCAGAGGGCUGUGAAGUGUGCCAGGUCUGAUUUAUGUGGAACAUAGUUUUUCUUGACCUUCAUGGUCCUUUUGGCUUACUACUCUAUUUUACUUCUGAUUUUGUUUUGCCAUCUUACCAGGCUCUUUAUGCAUUAAUCUAUUUGUUGGAGCUGUUGGUGGAAAAUAAUAAGCAGAAUAAGGAAAGAAAACAGGCUCGAUAUUUAGUAUCUUUGAAAGCUUUCAAAAUCUGCCAUGAAGUGAAACCUGCUGAAUUACAGCAGCAUAGGAUAACACCAAUUUUUUCUUGUCAUUUAAUGAUUUUUUUUUUAAGCUGGAGUUCUAGUGAUAAUUGUUAGCACUCUUCAUAAAGUGGGUUCCAGAAUCUUGUAUAUAUUCCUGCCUGAUUUUCAAGUUGGAGGUAGGAGUAGAUAUAAUCCUGAGUCUGAGAUCCCAGAUGACACAUUGUUCGCAUGUCCCUCAACACUCCCUUGCCUCAGAGAUGGUUUACCUUUACUGGGGAAAGGAGGGGAAGUCCUACACCUACUUUGAAUUUAUAUGCAUUGUGUGCCAUUUAAUAGAUUUAAUCUGUUGUCAGGGAUGUGCAUCUGGACUGUGCAGUGACCGUGGACUGGACAACUUCAGGUGUUUGGCAGAUUAGGAGUCUAAUCCCAAUUAGAUUUGCCAUAUAAUCAAUGGAUGGUAACAGGAUUAGAACAAGUCUUAGAAUUCAUCUCAUUCUAAGAGGAUGAAUUAUCCUAUUUGUCAUUCUGAAAAGGACUAGAUUUUAUAACAGUCUGAAAUAGUUUUUCAGGCAAAAUACAAUGAUUGAUUGAUGUUACUUUUGGACAAGAAGCUUCUAUUAGGUGAAUCUGUAGUUCUGUCACUGUUCACAAUUAUCAUUUCAGCAGAAACAUAGGAUAACCCAAUAUAGAUACUGUUAAUUGCAUAUAUAAGGACAUGUAAAUUCUACUGAAAUAUCCUUUAUUAUGAGUGGGCUGCAUUUAUAAAAAAGCUUUUGGCAAAUACAUUAUAAUGUCUCCUAUUACCUUUAACUAAAUUAAAAUUCCAUUUUAUUCUUCAAAUUAUAGAUUAUCUUGAUUAUGUGGGAGGAGAUCAAGGCACAAAUUGUAAAGGUUUAGACCUCAGGAUGCAUUCAAAAAAAGAACUAUUUAUGUGGAUCGAAUAUAAUAUUUUUUUAUAAGCUAUCAGAAACAGAAUGAAGAAACAGGGUAAGAACUUGAAAUACCAAAUGCCACUAACUUUUGGUACAGCAGAAUCUUUCUUUGGCAGGGAGAGAUCUAAUGAGAAGUUUUAGUGAUAUCUUCAUACUCUGAAAUUACUCUUGAAGUCUAUAAUCUUUUUCUAGUUGAUGUCAUCAAACAUGUGUUCCUGAGAGUCUGAUCAUGCUGCAGUCACAGUGUACCUACACUUGUAGCUAACAUUUCAUAGAAAGUCUCUAUGUGUCUGAUAAGGAAAAACUCACCUCUUCACUGGAAUUACCAAAUAUACCUUGGAACUGAGUGAAUUAAUGUUGUCCAAAGGUGAUCUUUUAGUUUUGAUUUAAAAGUUGGUUGCAGUGGGUCACAUUUUAGCAUCCUGUUGAAAGAGGAUUGGUUUGGGGGAUUAUGGUGGGAGGCUUCUUUGUAUGUUUUAUUUCCAAGAAACUUGCAGUAACUGGAAUUUAAGGUAGUGUUAUUUCUAACGUUUAGCGUUCUGCCCUGAUCUUGGUUUUGAGUGAGCUAAUUCAUGUAGCAAUUCAUUCCUUAAUAUUAAUUUGCUACAUUUUAAAACAAAUAGAUACUGUUUUUAUAAUAGAAUAACAGCAAAACCCUAAGCAGUGCCGUAGUAAUACAUUGUAGAAGGCAUAGAGACUGCUGGUAUGUCUAAGAGAAUGUUUCAUCUAUAACCUAAUUGGGCUAACUUUAAAGUCAGUGAUUAAUAAAAUAAAAUGUAUUGACACUUAACCCCAAAAGCAUUGCAUAUGUCAGUGUUUGAUACGUCUCAUUUCCCAUGAGUUUGCCAGUAACAAGUGAUGAAGUCACUUGACAUUUUUCUGCAAUCUGAUACAUCUGCUUCUGAGCUUUGAUAGCACAGAAUAAAAUCCAUUAUGUAGCCAUUAAUAAAUGUAAACAUUUGAGAAGCUUUCAUUUGAAUCAAGUUUAUUUCAAUACAGGGUCGAGUGUGUUUAGACUUCUGUUGUAUUUAUACUGGGAUAAAACCAACCAUUUACUGACCUUUAAUGCUCUGAGCUAUGAAAAUGUUCUUGGACGUGAUUAUAGAGUCUGUACAGAAUUGUGCUGCUGUUCUAAGUCACUAAGCUACUGGAAAAUUGUUAGUUCUAAAAUAGAAUCAAUUCUUAAUGUUAAUUUUCCAUUUAAUGAUGACUGUUUCUCACUUAAUUUACAGCUUUGACUUUUUGCAUCUCUUUUUUUCUGGAAGAUAAUCAGUCUAGCUUUUGUAAGCAUUUAGUAUGGUACUGUAAAAUAUAAAAUUUUCAUCACUUCGUACUUUUGUCACCAAAGCUGCUGUUGUAUAGCCUCUAGCAAAUGUGUGAUAAUGAAGGACAAUUCAAAACUAAUUUAUUUUUUAUUUUAAAGUACAAUUUCUACCUUUGUUCUGAGCCAGAACUUUAAACUAGAAUAUUAGAAUCCAUAAAGUCUUUAAAAAUUCGAAAACCUUUUGCAAAGAUUAUACUUUCUGAUGUAUAUUCUUAUUUAUGGAAGAAUGUGUUCAAAGCUUUUAAUCAGCUCAUCUAUCCUCAAACUCAAGUAAAAGGUAUACACUUUGUCUUAUUAAUAGACACUGCUGCUUUUAAAAAUGAAUUCUAAGCAUUUAAAGAGAAAAUUCCAUAGCUCUUACUUAAGCAAAUCUGCCCAGCCCUCGAUUUUUCAGGUGUCUAAGCACGUAACUGCCUCAAAUAUGUGCUUAUUGCCUUGUAGGAUAACACCAUGAGCUGUGAUAUUUUGACUUUAAUUUUGCUUAAGAUUCAAGGUUUCUUUCUGUGUUCCUAAAUGUAGACAGAUUUUGCUACUCAUGCUGUCAUGAACAAAUCUUGUAAGCAUGGCCUCUCUAUAGUUAUUGGCAGGUUGUGCUCUGGGUUCUCUAGGAAUCUGUGUGGUAUCAGAGCUGAGUUUGUCUCUCUCAAAACCAGGAGGGGUUAACAUCAUAAUCCUUGUUAUUUGUGGCACAUCAUUCCAAGUCCUCCUUCCACAUGCAGUUCUCUUUGGCUUGCCCUGUAGUGCCAAGCAGAACAGUGGGCACAGUGACUGGCCUGGUGAGGAGGUGCAGCAGCUGUGUCCUGUAGGCUUGUUCUGUUCAAGUGUUGCCUGUUUGUUGAAAUACCAGCCAAGACUAUCUUCCCCCUCUGACUUAAAAAAUUUCAGGGUAUAUAUCUUUAAAUAUCAAAUGUGCAAGUGUGUUGAUGUUUAGCUUUACAAAAGGCUAAGUGCACUAUUUUGGGAUCAAUUCAGGCUUCAGUAUUUUCCACCUACUUCACUCUGAGUUUGGAAAUAGGAUUUGAGACUGCAGCACCUGACAGCUGGAAUACUUUACAGAAGUCUACAGGUAGCAGACAGGACACACAUAAUUAGAGUGCGAGACCAAAACUAAAAUGUGAAAUUCCUCACUGUGACUUUAAACUUGUAGCUUUCUAAAGAAAAAGAAAAUAUACUGUGCCUUAAACCAGUAAAUGAAUACACUCUAACUGUAGCCUGUGGACUUCCAUAGCCUUAUAUUUGAUUUUUGAAGUUGACCAAAAAUAUUUGUGUGGAUCAUACUGAAACUUGAUUUGGGGAAAAGGCUUUAAAAAAUUCUUUUGACCCCACUUUACUCUUAGAGAAAUGACAACUACAGCAUAUUUUUUGUUUGGGAUCACACUAACCAAAGUCAGAAAGCUUUAGAUGACCUGAAUUUUUCAACCCUUUCUGUUGUGACCAAAAAAAAAAAUAAGGAAGGAAAACUACUCGCAGAUAUCUGUCUCAGCUUUGAAGUCUGUGUGUCAAAUUAUUUUUCAACAUUUUGAUCUUUAGUCCUCAAAAAAAAAAAAAUCCGCUUAAUUGUAGUUUAAGCAAAAUACUGUAUUUAAGCCAUUAAAUAGCAAAAUCUUUGCCAGUGUGAAAAGAAAACUAGGCAGAGGUGGGGUUGAUUGUUUGUGUUAAGGCUCCAGAAGUUUUGACUAUCAAAUUUCACAUUUUAGGAAAAAUAUUCAUAUGUAAAUGGGGGGAAAAAAUUACACAUUGUUCUUCCUAUUUCAUUAGAGAAAACUAGAAAUACUUAAGAUCUUAAAAUCUUGUUUUAAUAUAGUAGAAGGAUUUCUUAUGUAUAUUUUUUAAUACAGAGAGCUCAGGAAAAACUACUGCUGGCUUUCCUUAUUUGUCUCUAGAGGAUUCUUUGUGUGUUUUGAACAAAGUGCCACAAAUUGUGACUUCCCCCCCGCCAUUAGCACUGAAUCUUGAAAAGUGAUGCCAUCUCAGAGCUUACCGUUGUACUGUGGGUAUUUAGACAUGCAGACAAAAUGACUGCACGUCAGCCGGUCACAGAGCUUGUUUGAAGCAAUACACAGCAAAGUUAUAAAAAACUUCCUUUCACCGGGCACUAACUUCAGUCUGGGUGCCACAAUGCUGCUGCUCCUGCUGUGGCACAACACAGAACAUGCUAUCUUUGUGUCUUCCCUGCUGCUUCCUUCAGUGUGCUGGCUUAGGACUUGUAAAACUCAUUCCAGUCACCUCACUUUUUAUUUUGUGAUGAUGUUUCAGCAAUCCUAGCCAUUGGUGAUUUUUCUAGCCACUGGAAUAUUCUAGUAUUGAAACCCCCGAGAAGGUAGAACUGUCUUUAAGGCCUUUAUGUGUCAUGAUAACUCAAGAAAAACUGUUUGAUUCCCCAUUUACCUUUUAAUUGUUUUUUCAAGCACAAAGAUGCGAUAACGUUGGCCAAAAUACCUCGUUCGGGUAAUUAGGGGGGAGGGAAGGAUUUGUUGGUUGUAAAAGGACUUAAAACUUUGAAGAAAACAUAUAUGAUUUUGAGAAAAAUCUGUUGCUUCUCAAGCAUCUGUCUUACAUGUUUUUAACUCUUCCUCUGUUUUCAGUUCUUAUGUAGCUACCAUAAAUCUGAUGUUGUACAUGGAACUAACUCUUAAUAUUUACAGGUUUUUAGAGAUGUUGACAGGGUCUUAUCUAUAAAUGUUUGAGUAAUGCUAUAGCAAAUGAUUGUGCUUAUUAAAAUGUUUAUAACUAAGUUCUUACACAUCAUGCCAUGUAUCAUAAGCUUUGGCAAAGUCCUUGUCUUGUGAGAUGCUGAGAAAAUCUUGGAGAUAUUUUCAGAUAAUGUUGAAAUUGCUGAAAGAUGAAAUCUCAUACUCUUUAAAAACUCAUUUAGAUAGUGGUACUUUUUUGUUGUAGUUGAGGGCAGCUUGACUGGGAGCUACUCUGGGAUAUUCCUAUUUUGUUUGGUGGUUUCCCUGUCUGCAGUGUGUACUUCAACUUUUUUUGUCUUUUUUUUUACCUAAGUGUGCAUGACUUACAGUACACUGUAUAGUAAAUCCCCUGCUAAAUAAACACUUCUGUAUAUUUUUGUAUGCUAUUCCAACGUGCUUGCAUUGGUACAAAUGGUUGUAAUUCACAAAAAGUGCCACUUACCAGUACUGCUCUGUGGAGUGUUGUGUUACCUGUACUGCUGUUGUACAAACACGCUGAUGAGUGUUGUGAUCAACGUUUGCCUUUAGUCUUGGCUCAGGUACUCAUGUGGAGCAGUUUGGUGCUUUUCCUUCUAACUUGUAAUACUUGGGAUUCUAAGCAGAAAAUAAAAGUAGUAAACAAAAA